CACCGAGGUUAUACUGAACAUAAUGUAUAAUAUUUUGUUAUAUAAUUCCAUCACCGAAACCGCGUACUCACAGUGAUGUCUAACUGUCGUUUAAACGGCCAGCUGUUAGUGCGGCGUCGUUCAGAAAAAUCGGACCGAGAAGCAAUAUUACUAUACAAUAUACAUAUACUAUAAUAUAACUGCUGUUUUUUUUUUUUAUUGUUGUUGUUUGUUUCUUCUACGUACGACAUAAUAUUUUUUAUUCUUAAUAACGUAUUCAUCGACAGUUAUCGUUCAACGUUUACCAUCGAACAUCAUGAACGUGGUUAAAAGCACCAAUAACGAUUUUGCGUUAUGCGUUUUGCUUUUGAUCUUUUUGAUGUGUCCAGGUGCAGUUUUUGCAGUGCACCACAGUAAUUUUUAUUCAAAUGAACAGACGGUAAACAAAUUUGAUUCGAACACAUUGAGAUUGGUUCAUGCGGUAUUCAGGCACGGACAACGGACGCCGGCUGAUACGUACCCACUGGACCCGUACUCAAAUUCAUCAUGGGAGCCAUUCGGGUGGGGCCAACUGACCAAUAAUGGUAGACGAAAACAAUAUGAGCUCGGAAAGUUUAUUAGAAAACGUUACUCUGGAUUCUUGGAUAUUCUGUACUCUUCGAAAAAAGUCACGUUUAAAAGUACUGACGUGGACAGAACCCUAAUGAGCGCUCAGCUAGUCGCGUCUGCCAUGUACAAGCCAGUUGGUGUACAGCAAUGGAAUAGAUAUUUAGAAUGGCAACCCGUUCCGAUACAUUCAGAACCUCUGAAAGACGACCGAUUGUUGUUAGUACGAAUAGACUGUCCCAGGUACUACGAAGAAAGACAAAAAAUAAUGAAUUCCAACGAAGUCCUAAAAGAGCUCAACACUUACAGUGAUCUAUAUAGUUAUCUGUCCAAGCACACUGGACUGACCAUUCAAGAUCCUGACGAUGUUCAGUCAAUUUAUAGUACGUUAAAAGCCGAGUCAGACUACGGAGUUACCCUUCCAAGUUGGACGUCCAAAGUAUAUCCAACGAAAUUGGCCAAAGUAACAUCUAGAAGUUUCAUAUUAAAUGCGUACAAUGAUGAAAUGAAAAAGCUCAAAGGAGGCCCGUUACUAAAACAAAUAUUGGAAAAUAGUCAAAAUAAAAUAAACAAACAGUCCACACAUCAGUUGUAUGCCUACGCCGGUCACGAUUCAACUGUGUCCAAUCUUUUGAUUUCCUUAGGUGUAUGGGAUGAGCAGAUUCCCACAUAUAAUAUGUUGGCAUUACUAGAGCUACACGAAUCAAAGAAAGGAAAUUUCUACUUAAAGGUGUUUUUGCGCAAUGAAUCAUCGUCAGAACCUUAUCGCUUACAAAUACCUAACUGUAAAGAAGAUUUAUGUACUCUAGAACACAUUUCGAACUUGACUUCGAACGUGAUACCGUUGAAUUUGAAUGAAGAAUGCAAGACUGAUAAUCCUGAAUUUUCUAACUUAAUAUUUGUUGACCGAGGCCCAUAAAAUCCUUUAGAAUGUGUAAAUGGAUAAGAAUACUCACUCUUGAAUAGUUAUAUUUUUUAUUAUUAGAUGUAUGUGAUUGGAAUUACCAGCUCUACGAUUAAUAUGUGGUAACUUUUUUUAAUAUUGAUAUAAUUUAUUUUUAUUUUUCAAGAAAAGCAAUGAAAAUAUUAAUA